AAACACGACUAAGUUCAGUCUAUGUGGAAAUCGUGUUUAAUCAAAACUUAGAUGAGGUAUGCGUGUCUCACUUAAUUAACCUAUUUUGGAUUGCUUUGAAUCUUUAAAUACAGUAAAGGUUCCAAAGAAUAAAUUUACCUUGAAAAAGCACUUGACAGUUAAGCAUACUGUCACUUUAAGGACACGAGUUGUUUAGGCAGCGGGAGUAGACAUGGCGGAAUGGAAGAGGUCCGCGUCGGCUGUGUUCUCUGCCGGAGACAUGACCUCGCUCGGCAGGGCUCUGUCAUCCACAAGGCUGAACCAACUUGAUCAGUCCGAUGUCUUUCAAUCGCAAACGUCUCUGCAUCGGAGCAAUGUGGGGCAGCAAGUCCGGAGAAGAAGGAUAUCAAGCAGCACGAGUGUCGAGUCUCUGGAAGUAUACCCGUGUGCUGAGAGGAGGGUCCUUGUUAUAAACACUGGCGGAACGAUCGGAAUGAUGUAUCAUAAUAACGUGCUGGCGCCAGAGCCCAACGCUCUGGUCAAAGCCCUGCGCAAACUUCCCAUUCUCCAUGACGAGCAGUAUGCCCAGCAGACCAGACUCUACGACUACUAUGAGUCCUCAGAGAACACGCUGGUGUUACCACUAUCUAAGCACAGGAAGAGGAUAGUGUAUACUGUUUUAGAAUACUCUCCUUUGCUGGACUCUUGCAAUAUGACCACAGAUGACUGGGCCACAAUUGGAAAAGAUAUUGAGAGACACUACGAGAAGUAUGAUGGCUUUGUCAUUCUGCACGGCACUGACACCAUGGCGUACACAGCCUCUGCUCUGUCCUUUAUGUGUGAGCACCUGGGGAAACCGGUUAUUCUCACCGGCUCUCAGGUGCCCAUAUAUGAGAUGAGGAAUGAUGGACGAGACAACCUCCUGGGGGCGCUGUUGAUUGCUGGGCAGUUUGUGAUUCCUGAGGUGUGCCUCUAUUUUCACCAUAAACUGUACAGAGGCAACCGUGUCACCAAAGUGGAUGCCGGGAGUUUUAACGCCUUCAACUCCCCCAAUCUCCCUCCACUGGCCAAUGCUGAAGUGGACAUCAAAAUAAACUGGGACACUGUUUGGAGGGCCAACACCACAGCUAAAUUUACAGUGAACACUGAAAUGAACCGUAACGUGGGGCUUCUGCGUCUUUUCCCUGGGAUCACUGCAGACACGGUUCGGGCGUUCUUACAGCCACCCAUGGAAGGUAUUGUCCUGGAGACGUACGGCAGUGGUAAUGCCCCUGACAACCGUGCCGACCUUCUGGAAGAAUUCUACAAAGCCACAGAGAGAGGAGUGAUUAUUGUCAACUGCACCCAGUGUCUUAGGGGCUCGGUGACUGCAUGUUAUGCUACUGGGAAGGCUCUGAGUGAUGCUGGAUUGGUUGCUGGUCAUGAUAUGACUCCAGAGGCAGCUUUGUCUAAACUCUCCUACGUGUUGUCCAAAAAAGAUCUUUCUACACAAGAGAAGAAAAAGAUGCUGAGUCGUAACUUGCGUGGUGAGAUGGUCGCUGACUUUGAAGGGGCCAAACUCUCUCUUAGCGACAGUCGCUUUAUCCAGGUCAUUGCCAAAACUCUCAGCAUCAGCUGUAAAGAGGAACUUGAAGCCAUUAGAGAUGCUCUAACUCCAACCUUAGCUUGCGCCGCUGCUAAAAUUGGAGACAUAGAGGCUCUUGAGGCUAUCAGGGACAUGGGAGGAAACUUGUGUAUGGGGGAUUAUGAUGGUCGUACACCUCUUCAUAUAGCUGCGUGUGAAGGACACCUCAAAGUAACGCAGUAUCUGCUGGGCCAAGGAGCCACCGUCCACACCAAAGAUCGCUAUGGUGACACACCCCUUCGCAAUGCCGUUCGUUUCAGGCAUAAAGAAGUUGUCAAGUUGUUGAGGAAAACAGGAGCCCAUCUCUCCCCGGAUGAAAUUGAAGACACUGGACCAGAGCUGUGCAGUUUGGCAGCGAGUGCAGACUUGGAAGCCCUGGAGAUUUGGCAGCUAGCUGGAGCUGAUCUUAGUAUGCCCAGCUAUGAUGGACAGACACCGGCAGACGUGGCCCUGGCUCUAGGACAUGAGCAGGUGGUGCAGUUCCUACAGCAGGCCAGUCAGUACAAAACUCAGGUAUGGAGGAAACUCACUCAAACACUUACAUACAUAUGUACCACUCACCAUCAGUUGGGGUUUUCCCAGCGGUCACCAUCGGCAGUGAUUUGGAGUGAUGUUUGAUUAAUAUCAUUUAAUCUGCUUUGUCUCACAUUUCAUACGUUCCUGCUUCAGACAGAUCAGGGCACUCUUUACAGUUUUAGUUUCACACCUAAAGAACAGGAGGAGAAUGCUGUGAUUACUGUACGCUGAUCACACAUAAAGAACAGAAGGAGAAUGCUGUGAUUACUGUACGCUGAUCACACAUAAAGAACAGAAUGAGAAUGCUGUGAUCACUGUAUGCUGAUCACACAUAAAGAACAGAAUGAGAAUGCUGUGAUUACUGUACGCUGAUCACACAUAAAGAACAGAAUGAGAAUGCUGUGAUUAC